AACAAGGAAACGAAACCUGUACAUGAGAAACUGGCAUGGCUUACACUCGCAGAUUGUUCAUCUCUUGCAUUUUGAUCCACUGUUUUGAUGAAACGUGGUCCUGGGAUUCGGUUGUGGUGAAAAGUUCAGUGUUUGCUCAAUCUGGUUCAGCAGCCGAGCUCUCCUGCAGCUACAGCACACAUGCUUCACAGGGCUUCACUCUGGAGUGGCGUUAUGCUGCUCCCGGGACUCCUGCUGUUCAAGCGAAGAGGGUGUUGUACUACAAUGGGAACCUAUACUGGGUGAACUCUUGGGAGAGCAGAAUAGCUUUAGUACAGAAUCCUCCAGUUUCGGGUGUUGCCUCUGUGAAGAUCCUCAGUGUCCAACCCAGUGACAGUGGACUGUAUAUAUGUGAUGUUACCAAUCCACACGACUGGUCCGGAAGUGGGCAGGGUCUCAUCAACUUGACUGUGCUGGUGGCCCCAUCAGUACCUGUAUGUGAGCUAAAUGGCCGUACUUAUGUGGGCAAUGAUGUCACUCUUACAUGUCACAGCUCCCAGGGGGUUCCUAUGCCUAUCUAUUCCUGGACCCGAGAUACAAACACAGCUCCUCUGCCCCCCAACAGCUUUAUAGCAGAUCAGCGCACUGGUUCGCUACUGUUGUCCAACCUCACUGCUGACUUUACUGGAACAUACACAUGCAGAGCUUCCAAUGAUCAGGGUCAGGCCGCGUGCAGCAUCGCUUUGAAAGUGGCACACGGCAGCACCGCAGCAGCGGUUGCAGGAGCACUGAUGGGAGUUUUUCUCUUAGUCCUACUCAUCACAUCAGCGGCUGUUUAUUUCUUCUUCUGCUACAAGAAAAGAGCUCACAGCAGCACAAAGAACAAGCUGAGGAAGAAUGUUGGUUCAUCAGGGAAGCGUCAAUCUAAAGGUCCUCUGCUUUCUGCUCAUUUUGAUGCUGAUCAGAGUCCACAGCUCAGAGUCUCUCAUCUCAGCCCACUGGUAUAAGGGUGGACUUUUUCUCUUGACUGUACAUGCAAAUGAUCUACAUCAUAUGCAUCAGUUAAAUGUUUUGUAAUAUACUUUGUGAUAUUUUUGGUAGCUUUAAAUGAUUGACUAUUAUAAAAACUCCAAUUUGGCAUUAUGGGAUGUAAACGGGGUACCAAAACUUACAGGCGUAUACAGUAGGAAACACAAAAUACUCUUGUAAAGCUACACUUGGAGGGACAAAAUUUAAAUAAAAUUCACAGUGUGAAAGAAGAAAUUACUUAAGGAGACAGGACGCAGGAGGUCCUGAAGGAAACGUGUUUAUUCUCUUGUGGUAUUUAAUCUCAGUUUAAGAACUGGCUUUAUCUACAUUUAUAAAUCCAUAAGACAUAUGAGACAAGUUUGUGGUCAGUUAAAAGAAUAGAAGGUGUCUAUUGUUACUUUUCUUAUAUUACAUUAUUACAGUAUUGCAAAACAAAUCGAAGGCUAUUUUCUUUGCCUACAAUUCUUAGGGUCACACAGGUCAUUUGUGAUGGUAAUUAAAUUUUUUAUGUCAUACAUAUAAUACAAAAAAUGUGUGUGCCAAAGAAGCUACUUCUGAAGUUUAUGCAACAAGGAAGUAACAAAGCUAACCUCCCCAACAAGUUCAAGUUGCUAACUUCAGCCGUUUUGGGAAGAUGAUUUUAUAUGUUUCCCAAAAUGGCCAUUUUAAAGGCCCAAGCACUAUGACAUCAACGCUGUGACAAGAUAUUGCUGAUGCUUUGUUAGUGUGAUGCCAUAUAUCAGCAUCCAGGGGGUCUUAACAUGCUCAAAAAUUCAUGAAAAUCAGCACACAGGUUGGAAUCUGCUGCCGUUAGGACGCCUGAGUGGCUGGGUCCUGGGUGUAACUCAGUUUGCAAAAUGCACCCAAUGUAAUUUAAUAUGUUCCUUCUAUAGGAUUUAUAUAAUCCCCACAAAACUGUCAUCUCAAGACAUUGAGAAUGCAAAAUUUCAGAAGGAUUUUUAAUAUCUCAAACGAUUCAGCCAUGGAAAUGCCUUAAACUUGUGCAGAAAAGUGAUUAAUAACUUCCUGAGUGACAUCACAUUGAGCGACAUCAUAGUGUGAUGGUUUUUUUUCAGCAUCCUUGUGCUUUUUGAAAGCCUUAACUUGCUUCAAAAGCACGCAGAUUGUGUGGUUCGCCUGGGCGAAAAUGGCCCAGGUGCUUGUCCAAUCAUUGUUGCUUCGCAACUAUAUUUCAGCAUUAUAUUCUCUCGCUUUAAGCACUAAUAAAAAAAUUAUGUUUAUAUCUUUAUGCUUAUUGAUGCCAAAAUUGUUGUGCACUUUUGGUAGCAUAUGACCUGUAAAAAUAUUUGCUUAAGCUAAAGCAUUUCGUGCAGAAUUAAGGAUUAUCCCCCCAAAUUACUAACAACAGUGGUUUUGCUUAAAUGCUUCAAAUUAGACACACACACUUUAUGUUAUGUGGCUAUAAAACAAAGAAAACUUAUUUAGUUUAAAUAGCUUUUUGUAA